AUGUACAUGCAGCCCCCAAACAGUUUUGGUGGCGGCACCAAUGGCAGGACGCCCCGUGGCGUGCGCCGCUACCACUGCAGCUUCUGCAACUAUUCGACCAUCUACAAGCAGACGCUGCAGCGCCACCACCGGACCCACACCGGCGAGCGCCCGUUUGAGUGCGAGUACUGCCUCAAGACGUUUGCGCAGAAGUGCAACAUGAAGUCGCACAUGCGCCUGCACACGGGCGAGUGCCCGUACAGGUGCCAGUUCUGCCACGCCAGCUUCCGUCAGAGGCACCUGCUUACGAGCCACCUGCAGGAGGAGCACGCCGUUCGUCUCGCGUUCAAGUGCGGCUACUGCGCCUCCGGUUUCCUCACCAAGCACGAGCUCUGGAGGCACAUGAAGAGCUGCAUCAAUGAUUGGAACCCGUAG